AUGGAUAGGUCGGAACCCCGCGACUGUGUCACCGUCUUCCUCUCUCCCUCUGCGCCCUCCAGGGAGGCCACGCGGUCAUCUGCGGUGCCCUGGGAAGCCCGUCCAGGGAUGCUGAGCGGGAAUUUUCGGCCAAUGAAAAAAACGCGUCACCGAAUAUUCCCGCUCAGCAUUCCUGGACUUCCCAGCCUUCUGCAGACGAGCGCCCAGCCGCGAAGAGGGAACGCCGUGGAGAUCGGGUCGGGGGGCUUCCGAUCCACCGAUCCCGAGCGGGUUUCUGCACCAGGGACGCCUCUUGCUCCGGGGACGGGGGGUGCCCUUCUGCUGGGCGGGAGAUGCUUAGUGUGUGAAAAGGCCUUUCAUCAGAGUACGCAUAUUAAAUCACACCUAAGAAGCCACACAGGUGAAAAGCCCUAUAAAUGCUCCAAGUGUGGAAAGUGUUUCGCUGAGAACAAAAGCCUUAAAGAGCAUCAAAGUUGCCACACAGGUGAGAAGCCCUAUAAAUGCUCUGAGUGCGAAAAGGGCUUUGUUCGUAGAAGAACCCUUAAAAGGCAUAAAAGAAUUCACACGGGAGAGAAGCCCUAUAAAUGCCCUGCGUGUGAAAAAAGCUUCACUAAUAGUGGAAGCCUUAAAGUGCAUCAAAGAAUUCACACAGAGAAGAUCUAUAAAUGCACCGAGUGUGAGAAAAGUUUCAAGAAGAGCAUAAAACUUGCUAUACAUCAAAGUAUUCACACAGGUGAGAAGCCUUAUGAAUGUUUGGUGUGUGAAGCACGCUUCCAUCGGAAUGCCAAAAGCCUUAAAGAGCACCAAAGAAUACAUACUGGCGAGAGGCCCUAUCAAUGCUCUGAGUGUGGAAAAAGCUUCAUUUAUAGAAGAACUCUUAAAAGACAUUUAAUAAUUCACACAAAUGAGAAGCCAUAUAAAUGUUCUGAGUGUGGAAAGAGUUUCAGUAAUAGCGGUAACCUUAAAUCACAUCAAAGAAUUCACACAGAAGAUAAACCAUAUCAGUGCUUUGAAUGUGGAAAGAGCUUCAGUCGGAGCACACACCUUAACAAUCAUCGAAGAGUUCACACAGGGGAGAAGCCCUAUGAAUGCUCUGAAUGUGGAAAGAAUUUCAGAGAUAGCACUGGCUAUAAAGAGCAUCAAAGAAUUCACACAGGCGAGAAGCCCUAUAGGUGUUCAUGUGAAAAAAGCUUCAGCCGAAGCACACACCUUAAAAGACACCAAAGGACUCACACAGAUGAGAAGCCCUAUAAAUGCUCUGAAUGUGGAAAGAGUUUCAGAGACAACAUAAAAUGUACCAUACACCAAAGAAUUCACACAGGUGAAAAGCCCUAUUUAUGCUCAGAGUGUGGGAAGAGCUUCAGUUGUAGCACUCGCCUUAAAACACAUGAAAGAAUUCACACAGGUGAGAAGCCUUAUAAAUGCUCUGAGUGUGGAAAUAACUUCAGUUGUAGUGCACGCCUUAAAACACAUCAAAGAAUCCACUCAGGCGAGAAGCCUUAUAAUUGCUCUGAGUGUGGAGAGAGUUUUAGUCAUAGCGUAACCCUGAAAUCACAUCAAAGAAUUCACACAGGGGAGAAGCCCUACAAAUGCUCUGAAUGCGGAAAGAGCUUCUGUCGCAGCACAGACUUUAAUUCCCAUCAAAGAAUCCACACUGGUGAGGAACUGUAUAAAUGCUUGUUGUGUGGGAAGAGUUUCAGUCGAAAAACACAUCUUAAUAGACAUCAAAGAAUUCAUACAGGUGAGAAGCCCUAUAAAUGCUCAGAAUGCGGAAAGAGUUUUAGUAUUAAUGGUAAUUUGAAAGUGCAUCAAAGAAUUCACACCAGGAAGAAGUCCUAA